AUGAUGAAGCUUUUCAAUCAUCUAAUACUCAUCAUCUCCCUUUCCUCUCUUCUGUCAUUCUUGUACUCUGCAGAGGCCGUUCUGUCAGUCUACUCCCUUUCCAGCUUCUCAAAGGAUGACCAAGCACCAGUCUCAUUGCCUCCAACAACCUCACCGGCACCCAGCGAAAGCGAAGCCCCUGAAGCCUCUCCGUCUCCGGCAUCCUCAACAAUUGAUCCGGCCAUCAAAAAGAUAUGCGACAGGACUGGCUACUCUGAACUCUGUCAAUCUUCCAUCAGGCCCUACCUCACAGGCAAGACGGAUCCUGUGUCCGUCCUCGAAAUGGCAAUCAAAGCCUGCAACAGCAGUGUACAGGCCGCAAUGGCCGAGGUGAAUAGGAUGAUGAGUGAGCCCAACAAGGACGCCUCCAAAACCACAGCUUCCCAACUCGAAUCGUGCAAGGAGAAUUACAUUGAUGCGAUUGACAGCCUUGAGAAGGCAACGAAAGCAAUCCCAACUCGGGACAUGAAUACAUUCAACACCAUGAUUAGCGCAGUCAUAACAGAUUGUGAUACUUGCGAGCAAGGGUUUAUCGAAUUUGAGGAGGAGUCGCCCUUGAAACAGUAUGAUGAGACGGCAGAGAAGAUUGGAAGCAUUUGUCUUUCCAUUUCUAAGUUGCUCGAGUGA